AACAACAGAGGAGGGACAACACAAAGGGACUCGGGGAACAUCUGUCAUCUUGAUCGUUGAUAUCGACGUUUUAUGAUAAUAUGGAUGAACCGGUGAGGGAGUAACGGUCGUUGUCUAGGUGUACCUAACGGUCUAAACGCGCUCAAGUUGUCAUUUUCAUAUAAGGGUGAUGCUACCAUGUCGGACAGGUGCACUGACAUAGGCUGCCGUGUCUACUUUAACCGAAUGGAUUAUGUUAUUGAACAGUGCGGUGAUAUUUUUGUUGGUUGACCAGACCUUUUCGCAAUUUUUUUCGGCUUCAUUCCCGUGUUGAAUAUUAAACUUUGAAGUUGUGAUGUGCUUGGGUUGAGGUUCUUAGUGGUACGAGAUUCUGGUUGCCUGUGAACAGUUCUUGAGUCAGGACAUUAAUUCCAGCCACAGAACUUUCAAGAAUGAAAACACUGGCACUGCGUCUCCUCUCCAGGAUGCAGCCAUUCUUCUGGAUCGGGCUCCUGUUUUUAGAUGUGUACGGCAUGUCAGUCUCAUCGCCUCACCUGCUGACCUCCAGGUGUGUGGGUCACGCCUGCAGUCCUCCAGUGGGGAACCUGGCUACUGGCAGGGUCCUCCGCACACUCACAGACUGCUGCAGGAACGGCUCCCUGGAGUCUUGCUCUUCCCUCCAACGGUCCUGCUCUGAGGGAACAGCACACCCACCUGCGCAGAUGGCGGAUGACCCCUUCCUACACCCCAACACCUGGUGGGAGUCUGGGGCUGGCCCGGGCCAGGAGGAGGAGAUCCGCCUGGACCUGGAGAGCCGGUUCUGCAUGACUCACAUGGUCAUGCUCUUCCGCUCCCCUCGGCCCGACACCAUGGUUCUGGAACGUUCCGUAGACUUUGGUCAGUCCUGGCAGACGCUGAAGUUCUUUGCCUCCAACUGCAGCUCUGCGUUUGGCCUCGCUGAUGAUACCAGCCAGCCAGGGUCGCUGUGCACCUCACGCUACUCCAGUGCUAAGCCCUGUACUGGAGGGGAGGUUAUAUUUCGCUCGAUAGGCAAAGGCAAAGAAGUGGACAAUCCUUACAGUCCGGAGGCCCUCGCCAUGCUCACGCUCACCAACUUGCGCAUCAGGCUCCUCAAGCCGCAGGUCUGUGCGGGGUCUCCAUCCGGCUCCUCCAGGGGCUACGGCAGCCCGGAGACCUUCCCUGGCGUCUUCUCUGUGGCCACCAAGCGUCGCUCUGCCCCCUCUAAACCAGCGCCCUAUGCCAUCUACUCUCUGCUGGCCCGGGGAACCUGCCUCUGUCACGGGCACGCGGAGCAUUGUGUGCCCACGCAGCAGGACACAGAGCUGAUCCCUCCAGAGGGAAUGGUGUCUGGCAGGUGUGUGUGCUCGCACCACACGGCGGGCGAGCACUGUGAAAAGUGCGCUCCCCUCUACAACGACCGGCCCUGGAAGCCUGCCAGCGGCAGCAGCAGCAACGGCCAGCCAAACCCCUGCCAGAAGUGUGAGUGUCACAGCCACUCGGACAGUUGCCACUUCUCGCAGCGAGUGUGGCUGUCCACAGGGGGGACGAGUGGAGGGGUCUGCAACGACUGUCAGCACAACACGGUGGGCCGGCGGUGCCAGCGAUGCCGCCCCGGUUACCAUCGCCACCCAGCGAUGCCACUGACCUCUCCGCAUGCCUGCAUGCGUUGCUGGUGUGAUCCUGUUGGGUCGAUCCCCUCACAUUCUAGGGAUGAGGCACCCUGGUGCCACCCCAGGAGCGGGCAGUGCCACUGCAAACCAGGGGUUGGAGGCACAAGCUGCAGUCAGUGUCUGCCAGGGUACUGGGCGUUUGGCCCAGAGGGCUGCAAACCCUGUGCGUGCCCUCAAAAAUGUGAUGCCCUCACCGGACACUGUAUUGACAGUGAUAAGCUCUACCACAUUCCCAUUGGAGGCAAGAUCCCUGACCUGCUCCACGUAUUGUCAAAUGAAGAUGAGAGAACGUGGUCCAAAGAGCUGGCAGUGUCUGCCUUGUACUAUACAGGUAAAUGCAGUUGCAAAGAGAGAAAACUGAGAGGUGUGGCUGAUUUGUGCAAGACAAAACAUGCAUACGCAAUAAAAGCCAGUGUCCUGUCUGCCCAUGACAAAGGAAGCCAUGCUGUUGUGCUUGUCAAAGUUAGGAAGGUCUUGCGCUCAGGAAAGGUGCCAGUCUCUCAGGGCACUCACAGCAUCUUCCCACUGUCCUGGACCAGCAGAGGAUGCACCUGUCCCAUCCUUAAUCCAGGAAUGGAAUACUUACUGGCUGGUCCUGAGGAGGUGGAGUCGGGGCGUUUACUGGUGACCAUGCAGAGUUUGGUGGUUCCCUGGACACCGAUGUUGGGGCAUCAUGUGGCAGAGGGACUUCGGCAAGGCUGCCUAUGAGCUCCUAGUGUUUGCUCCAUGGGACAUACGAAAGCCAUUUGCCAAGUGAACCGUGUGGUCACUUGAGCUUCCAGUUUACAUGGCUAAGCAAGCUGACUUUCAGUUCCUUCUUGGCGCCUCUUGUGAGUAGCAGUAGGACGCACAUACAAGGGCUGCUGACCAAGUUGGGGUGAGCCUAUGGAACAUGA